GCCAUGGAUGGAGCCUCAGGAAAUGACUCAGAGGUCACCGAGUUUGUCCUGCUGGGCCUAACGGAGACUCCAGCCCUACAGCCCAUCCUCUUCGUCAUCUUCCUUCUUGCUUAUGCAGUUACUGUUGGUGGCAAUUCCAGCAUCCUGGCUGCCAUCCUUGCUGAACCCAAACUCCACACCCCCAUGUACUUCUUCCUAGGGAACUUGUCCCUGCUGGAUGUUGGGUGCAUCAGCGUCACUGUCCCCGCCAUGCUGAGGCACUUCAUGUCCCAUAACAGAGGCAUUCCCUAUCAGGCCUGCCUCUCCCAGCUCUUCUUCUUCCACCUCCUGGCUGGGGUGGACUGCUUCCUCCUGACUGUCAUGGCCUAUGACCGCUAUCUGGCCAUCUGCCAGCCCCUCACCUAUAGCACCCACAUGAGCUGGGGAAUCCAGCAAACCCUGGUGGCUAUGUCUUGUGUCUUUUCCUUCACCAAUGCACUGACCCAAACUGUUGCCUUAUCUACUCUUAAAUUUUGUGGCCCCAAUGUGAUCAAUCACUUCUACUGUGACCUCCCACAGCUCUUCCAGCUCUCCUGCUCCAGCAUCCAACUCAAUGAGCAGUUGCUCUUUGCAGCAGCAGCCUUCAUGGGUGUUGCCCCCUUAAUCCUCAUCACUGUGUCCUAUGCACACGUGGUAGCCGCAGUCCUGCGAAUCCGCUCUCCUGAGGGCAGGAAGAAAGCCUUCUCCACGUGUGGCUCCCACCUCACUGUGGUGGGCAUCUUCUAUGGGACAGGAGUAUUCAGCUACAUGAGACUGGGCUCAGUGGAGGCUUCAGACAAGGACAAGGGGAUUGGCAUCCUCAACACUGUCAUCAGCCCCAUGCUGAACCCACUCAUCUACAGCCUCCGGAACCCUGAUGUGCAGGGCGCACUGCGGCAGGUGCUCACCAGGAGACAGCCCCCCAAGUGA